GCACAAGUGCCUUGCUUGGCAACGGACUGGGCGAAGUUCUCUCCGGAGAGCUGUUGCCAGCCGUGGCCGGGCGAAUGUGAUGUGAUAGUUUUUAGGGAGUUCGCAAAACAUUGCAUGGUGCCAGCGGCCUUGGCUGUAUCUGAUAAAUAUGGCAAAAUAAAUACGAGGGAGCGGCGCCAUGAGCUAGGAUGCCCACUGUCUGAAGUCAUUGCAAGCAAGAUAACGAGCGCGCUAGCAGCGACUAGUAUAACCCUCGGAAGGGGGUAUAGCUAGCUGGGACGAACACUAUAAAAUAUACAAGCAGCCUACACGGGAUCAUUUGACUUGGUCCGAUACCAGGUAUCUACCCACCGAGGGAAGAGGCUGUCUUGUUGUUCAUGAUCAAUGGAACACGAGCUUCUGUAAGUACGUCACAGAAACCGACCCCUCCCCCGCACACGUUAUGGCGAUAGAUGGCGCGCCGCCGGGCUCCGAGAAAGACAUCAAGCUGCAUGCGCGGCGCUGCUUGAAAUACCUGCAUUGGGCAAUCGCACGCGGCCAGCCCCAAGAAGCGAAGCGGGGCCGGCUUAUCACCCCUCCUCCUCUCCCGGGCUGUCGGCUGGGCUCUCCACCUGCCCGCGGGCUUCCGAGGCUCGGGACCGCAAACCCCCCUUAUCGGCCGCUGUGGUGGGUGCACAUCAGCUGGGGGUGCUGGGCAAGAUAGAUACUUGCCUGGGCAGUCCCACGUUUUGGAGAUCUGCCCGCCCGUGAGCCCGCAGCCCACACCAUCGUGAGGGAGCCUAGCCAAUGAGUGAUUUCUUUUGCUAAUGGAUCGAUGUCGAUGGUAUAUCUUGCCCAAAAUGGCAAAAAAGUACACGGCUAUGGAUCGGUUGUUUGGAAAGUAGGCUAGCGCCCGACUUGCGGCAUAUCAAGGGAUUCUCCUCCCGAGACAGGCCCGUGUUUCCCUUCGAUAUAUAAGCGGCUGUUGUGGCAAAAAGCGUUGGCGCUCUCGAGCUGUCUCCCUCCCGGGUUUCAAGUGUCUGUUGCCUGUACGUGUAAACAGUCACACAUCUAUCUACCUAUUUACGCACAGUCAGCCCGUCCAGAUCGGGCAAACAACAGAUUCGCAGCCAACAUGGGGUCAACUUUCGUUACAGCCCCGCACCCUUUCGAUCCCUUGACGGGUGACGAGAUAGCUACUGCUAUAUCGCUGGUGAAGAAAGCUCACGGAGAUGUGCACUCCAACGUCGUUUCGCUGCACGAGCCGCGCAAGGCCGAGAUGACGGCCUGGCUCGCCAAUCCUAAUAGUGCGCCGAGGCCAGCACGAGUCGCCGAUGUCGUGGUCAUCGCUCCGGACAGCAAGGUCUUCGACGGUCUCGUGGAUCUUGCUUCUGGGAAGAUCGUCAAAUGGGAGCACGCUGAAGGCGAACAGCCUAUCCUCAUGAUGGAGGAGCUCCAAGCGGUCGAGUACCUCUGCCGCACCGAUCCCAAGGUCAUUGAGCAGUGCGAGCUGAGCGGGAUUCCAAAAGAGGAUAUGCACAAGGUGUACUGCGACCCUUGGACCAUCGGCUACGACGAACGCCAUGGCAGCAUGGUCCGUCUGCAGCAGGCGUUCAUGUACUACCGCCCGGAUAUCGAUGACUGCCAGUACCAGUACCCGCUCGACUUCUGCCCCAUCUACGACGCGGGGAAGAAGCAGAUUGUGCACAUCGACAUCCCCAAGGUGCGGCGGCCCCUGAGCAAGGCCCCGCCCGUCAACUACCACCCCGCGGCCGUCGAGAAGGCGGGCGGGUACCGCAAGGACCUGAAGGCCAUCCACAUCACGCAGCCGGACGGCGUCUCGUUCGGCAUGAACGGUCGGGAGAUCGAGUGGCAGAACUGGCGGUUCCACAUCGGGUUCAACUACCGGGAGGGCAUCGUGCUCAACAACAUCACCUUCAACGACAAGGGCAAGGUGCGCCCCAUCUUCUACCGAAUGUCUCUUGCCGAGAUGGUGGUCCCCUACGGUAACCCCGAGCACCCUCAUCAGCGAAAGCACGCAUUCGACCUGGGAGAGUACGGGGCAGGGUACAUGACAAACAGUCUGUCGCUAGGGUGCGACUGCAAAGGCUCUAUCCACUACCUCGACGCCGAUUUCCCACGCUCCGACGGAUCAACCAACACCAUCAAGAAUGCUAUCUGUAUCCACGAGGAGGAUGCUGGGAUCCUCUUUAAGCACACGGACUUCAGAGAUGAUUCGACCAUUGUCACAAGGGCUCGAAAGCUGAUCAUACAACAAGUGUUUACGGCAGCAAACUACGAGUAUGCCAUCCAGUGGAUAUUUCACCAAGACGGGACCAUUCAGCCCGAGAUCAAGCUCACGGGAAUCCUCAACACAUACGCGAUGAACCCUGACGAAGAUACUCUUGGGUGGGGGACCCAGGUGUACCCAGGUGUGAAUGCCCACAACCACCAACAUUUGUUCUGCCUGCGUAUCAACCCCAACGUGGACGGCCCCAAGAACACAAUCUUCGCCGUGGACGCGGUGGCGUCGGACGCGCCCGUCGGAAGCCCCGAGAACUUCUACGGCAACGCCUUCUACGCACGCAAGACGAGGUUGGAGACCACGGGACAGGCCAAGACGGACUACGACGGCGCGACGUCGCGGACGUGGGAUAUUUCCAACGAAAGCGUCUUGCACCCUUAUAGCGGCAAACCGUCCACGUACAAGCUGGUCAGUCGGGAGGUGCCCGGGCUGCUCCCAAAGGAGAACUCGCUCGUCUGGAAGCGAGCCGGGUUCGCUCGGCACGCGGUGCAUGUGACCAAAUACCGAGACGACCAGCUCUGGCCGGCGGGCCGGCACGUGCCGCAGACGAGCGGCGAGCCGUCGCGGGGCCUGCCCGAGUGGGUGGGCGACGGGACCGAGGCGGUGGCGGACGACGACAUUGUGCUGUGGCACACGUUCGGGGUCACGCACAUGCCCGCGCCCGAGGACUUCCCCGUGAUGCCGGCCGAGGGCAUGUCGCUGCUGCUGCGGCCGCGCAACUUCUUCGCCAGCAACCCCGUCAUGGACGUGCCGCCGUCGUACGCCGUCACGCCGAGCCAGGUGCUGGCGGGCGGCGCCGCGGCCCUGGACGCGACCGACGCCAUGAGCAGGCUCGCGUUUGGCAACGGCGCGGCCUCCAACGGGAACGGGAACGGGGACGGGAACGGACACGGGGGGAACGGAUGCUGUGUGCCGGCUAACGGGUCUCACUGAGUGUUAUAUGCUCGUUCUAGGUGUUACGGAUGAUCAGAGGUCAUGUCAGCUCAUAUUAGCUCAUGUUUUCGCCAGCUCUGCCCAAAGGAUAAUAGGCAUAAUGAAGAAACCAAACCACGCCGUGCUCUCUUGGCCAA